ACAAACCAUGAAUGAAAGAUUUGGAGAGUUGAAUUUUGUGACGCCUGAUGCGUGUUCCCUGCGUAGAAUGGCCAAUAAGUAUUACCCGUAUACGAUGCGCCAAUCUUUUCCUCUGUGGACCUCCAUUUCCAAAGAAGUCCAGAUUGUUGAGGGGAGGGAACUCCCCGUGAUGCAAGACUUAGCGGAUCGACACCCAGAGAUCAAUAAGAUGUACGGAUCAGCUGAAGAGCUAUGGGAGAAUCUGAAGACGUUCAUUGAUUUCCAAGGAAACCUUCAGUACUUUGAAGUUAACCCCUGUGUCUCGUAUAAUCACAGGUUCUUCAUUCACAAGGAUAUAAGCUCCGACAAGAAGUUUCUCUACAAAAAUGACAUUUUUCUAUCCAUCCAGGACAAUCUCAUUGUUAGAAAGCCUGUGCUCAGAAACAGAGUAUCUCUCUUCAUGCUCGCAUACUUCCUCAAGUAUCACGAGAAGAAGCUGAGCACCUCCUGCGAGUUUGUGGAGUAUGUCGAAAAAGAUUUCGAUAAUCUCAUCAACGAGCUCAAUGAUUUCUUGCUAGACUUCAUCAAAAAACCCAAACCCGUGGCAAACGAUGCAAAUUUUGACUGGAAGAAGGUCUUCACGAGAUUGAGAAACAUGCUCCCCGAGCCGAUGACAGAAGAGGAAAUGUCCCCGUUGGCGGAUGUGCUCAAACGUUACUUCGAGACUUAUCCUCGUGCGCAGGCAGUCGGAGUCUUGAAUAUGAUUGAACAAUUUUGCAAGAUGAUGAUUCCGAGGCUUCAGAAGAUUAUGGACAAGCGCCCAGAGUGGUUCCUCCCAAAUCGAACCAAAAACGCGAAGCCCGUGCUCCGAUAUUUCAUUGACGGAAAAAAGCCGUUUGUCAUGGUUCCUGAGUACGAGAUAGCUACGAAAGAAAAAUUCCAGUACACCGAUUCAUCUUUCAUGGCAACCGGCAUCGAUACUAUCGAUCUGUCAGAUAUCAGUUUGGUAGCCUCAAGCAAUGGUGGAUCGUUGAGCGAUUUCUAUUGUAUCCGCUUUAACAUCGAACGCACCAAACACACUGCUAGGCCAAUUCGCACGACGACGGGAACGUUUUGCAAACUGUCUGCAGAUGUGCUCCUGGAGCAUCUCAGGGAUUUGUUCUUUGGCUCACGGGUGUUUCAGUCACCAACAAGAUCGAUGUUCAACGGUUAUGUGAUAUCUAUGAACGAAAUCUUCAAUUCUAACGCUCAAGGCAUCUAUUUCCUGGAAGAAUCGAUCAUUGAAUUUGUGGAAAAAAUAUCCUCUGGUUUGUUCGGAACCCCUGAAUCUAAAACUAUCCGAGACGUCCCGCCGAAAGGCUUCACAGUUGGAGAUGUACAUUCGGAGCUCAAGUACCUAGGCUUGCUGGAAUUCUUCCCGAACAUCAGCAAUUACGCAGAGAUUGCCUAUAAAAAGGUCGUGGCAGAGAAGAAAAUGAAGAUCCUGAGAACCUGUGAUAUGUUUGACGCAGUGGAGAUUUGCAUGAUGCUUGCGGUGUUCAAUGGGUAUCCAAAGCUUGCCCAAUUCCUCCACUCUCAACACGCGUGCCACCGAAUCCAGGGGCUUCAAUGCAAGAAGUGUGAGCUCGAGAAGAAGCAUCCAAUGAUGAAUAGCUGGCUUUAUCCGUACAUGGAAGUAGAAGAAGAUGAAAAGGUUGACUCUACGAGCUCGGAUGACGAGGAGAAGCGCACGUCUACAAGCGAAUUGGCUGGAAAUGGAAGAAAAAGUGAGCAGAAGAAGCUUGCAGUGAAAGAUCCAGAGCCAUCAACUAUGGAAAAGGAAACGAGAAAAUCCAAGUGCUGUGAGAGUACUAAAGAUCAGCUGAAAGCAUUCCAGGAGCAGGUGGAAGCUUUGAAGAAAGAGAUGAAGGAGUUGGAGACGGCAAUGUCCAAGAAUUUGAAGAAUUAAAUGAUUUUUUUUUGUUGUUUUAUGCCAGUUUUAUUUGACCGCCAAUACUUGAAUAAAUAUGUACUU